CAACACAAGCAAAUCAAACACAGAGAGUAAAUUUGGUUGAGCUAACAACAAAUGGCUGCUCCUACACCAACAACCGUCACCCUUUCAAAUCAGAGCGGCGACACCGCACUGCUGGUUUCGUCCACCUAUAAAAGCUCUCCUUACGUCAUUAAGAGCGGUGACUCGGUUUCAUUCGAGCAGAAUACAUCGCUCAAUACUUUCGGAUCUGCUGUGUAUGCUAUGGGAAAAAUGGCCACGUGGAUCGUUGUUUGGACCGCUAAUAAUCAAGUGGCUACCUCGGUCCUUCCUGCUGGUACCCGUGUCAUUUGGGAAGAUGUCUGGAGCACCAUCGGGCCCGACAAGGCCGAAAGUUCGUACGACACGGGCUACGGUUGGGGAUACAAGUCAGAAGUGGAAAUCAGUUCGAAUGGUGAUGCUCAAACCCUAACCGCCACAAUCUCUACAGUUCCAACAAAUUAAGCUAUGCUUUGCUUUGCUUAAUUACUCUUUACGGCAAUCUCUGGUGUGGUGGUGUGGCUGUCAAAACUAAAAUAAAAUAAAAUAAAGAAAUUGUAUUUGCUUAUGCUAUGCAGUUCUAUUUAAUUUAAAUAAAUUUGACAGCAGGCAAUAAAGGAUUGCCAGUAGCUCUUUCUUUUCAA